GAACUCAUUUCAAGGAUUGAUACCGCAAUCAAUCGGCAACCUUAAAGGGUUGGACUUCCUUGAUCUCUCCCACAAUGAGUUAUCUGGCGCAAUACCUAAGUCCAUGGAAGGACUUAGAUAUCUGCAAAAUUUGAACUUGUCCUUUAACAAGCUAUCAGGAGCAAUUCCUAAUGGUGGGCCCUUUGGAAAUUUCUCGGCUCUCUCAUUCAUUGGGAAUGAAGCACUUUGUGGAAAUGCUAUUUUUCAAGUCCCACGUUGCAAAGUAAAUGGAAAGAAAUCAUCAAGGGACAAGAAGCUCCAUUUACUAUACAUUAUGGCGCCAAUUGUAUCAGCUGUACUUUUAGUCUUUGUCAUUUGCUUGCUUAGAAAGCAUGGGAACACUGGCAAAAAAGCUUCAGUUUUGGUGGAGAACCCACCUGGAAUUGACCACCCGAUGAUAUCAUAUCGGGAGCUUUGCUCGGCUACUAACAACUUUAGCGAAUGCAAUUUGCUUAGAGAGGGAAGCUUUAGCUCUGUAUACAAAGGAACUCUAGCCAAUGGGAUGGAUGUCGUAGUCAAAGUACUGAAUCUCCACAUUGAAGGCGCCCUAAAAAGUUUCGAUGUAGAAUGCGAGGUUUUCUGCAAGAUCCGACACCGGAAUCUACUCAAGGUGAUCAGCACCUGCACGAAUGCCGAUCUAAGAGCUUUGGUGCUGCAAUACGUGCCCAAUGGGAGCUUGGAGAAGUGGCUUUACUCCAACAACUACAACUUGGGUCUCCAUCAGUGAGUGAAGAUAAUGGUAGACAUCGCUACGGCACUCGAUUAUCUCCACCAUGGCCAACCGGAACCCAUUGUGCACUGUGAUUUGAAGCCUAGCAAUGUUCUCCUAAACGAGGACCUAGUUGCACAAGUCUGUGACUUUGGAAUCUCAAAGAUUUUGGCUGAGAACAAGCUUGAAACACAAACCCAAACUCUCGGCACAAUCGGAUACGUUGCUCCAGAGUACGGUUUGGAAGGAAAAGUCUCGACAAAAGGAGAUGUUUAUAGUUUCGGCAUAUUGUUGUUGGAAGUGAUAACCAGAAAGAAGCCAACCGAUGAAAUGUUCAAUGCGGAUAUGAGCUUGAGGCUCUGGGUAGGUGCAGCGAUUCCAAACAGAGUGCUUGACAUCAUGGAUGGCAAACUCAUUAGCAUGAAACAUGAAGAUCUGACGCUUUCGAACUCGAGAGCAUAA